AUGACGAUAUCGACGACAUUUGUACUUGGAUCCAAAGAAGCCUACUUCUUCAACAGUCCGACGCAUUGGGCAUGGCAUAACCUCCCACCGGACGUCGAAGCGCUCUUCACCAAGACACCACCAAUACAAGACGUCAUCGAACUUACUCUAGGUGCCAAUCAGACGUACUUUGUCAGCUAUCGCGAUCACGACGGCCAACUUCUCUGCAAGCAUUACAACCUCCCAAACCCUCUCGUACAGUAUCUGUACGCUUCUCACCCCUCUGUGAUACGCGAUCUGUCUACUCUCAGCAUUUCUCUGGGGCCUUACGAGUCAUACUAUGCCUGGGAUCGCACGUCCGCAUCGUGGAGCAAUGUCCCACCCGGAUUAGAAAAGUCGCUGCUCAACCGCCUGGAGAGUCAGGAUGCGUGGAAAACUACUUGGACGGCAGAUGGCUACGAGGCGCCUUGUUUCGUCAGCUUGGGGAAUGACGGAGCCUACUUCCUGCGCACAGUGUCUGGCGGUGGUUGUUGGGACUUUAAGCUGCCGAAGGUAGAGGGGAGGAGCGGACUGGGGACGGUGGGCGGAGAUGGAUGGGAUGGCAUUAGAGGGACGAACAAGUUUCUAGAGGAGUCUUCAGACUUUACAAGCAUCGCCGCUGUGCAUCUCAUGCCGACGCAGGCAAACGCCUACGUCCUCGUUCUCACCAACGGAAAGACCUUUUCCAACUUGCCAGAACACACAUGGGGUGACUAUGCGAAAAUGGCGAACAGCCUCCCGUCCUUUGUUCAACACAUGGCUCCGCUACCGCCCAUGCCUGCCCCACCACAGAUUCCAACUCAACCCCAGCUUCAGCCUCAGCCUCAGCCAUUAGCUCAGCGCCACUCUCCAGGUGCCCACAUGCUGUCCACCUGCACCAAUAGCAAGGCCGUGGCCGAUGCCACCGAUCAAUGCCCCGUUACAGCAUUGAUAUGA